AUGACUGAUUGGAAUAAUAUUUUAAAAAGAAAUAGAGAAUAUAUCAAAGCUAAGAAUAAAAUAAAUACCCAAGUUGAAAAUAACAGAUUACAACAACUCGGAUUAACGGAAAAUCUACAGACUCUAUUUCAACCCAUAUUAAAAAGUCAAGAAGAUAUUAAAAAGAAAUUAGCUUUAGAACCCACGCCUCGUAUAGAACCCACACCUCAUCACCCCAAAGUGAUUGAAUAUAGUGGUGUUAUAAUUAGGACAGUAGAUGAUGUAAAACAUUAUUUUUCAAACCCUGACCCAGAUUUAUCAAAGAGCAUUUCACCAAUCAUUGAUGAAGCGGGUUUGUUGUUCAAUGGUUUUAGAAUAAGAUUUAGUGGAAAUUCACCACAAUUCAAAAUCGAUACAAAAGAUUACAUAUACACAUUAACGAGAGGAUUAAUAGAUUUAAUGAAUGGCGAGGACGUUGAAAUUGCCGAUUACAAGGAUUUAGUAGCAUACUCAAAAUUUCUACAUGCGAUCAGAAAGACAGGACCUGAAACAAGAAGAUUGAGAGAAGUUGAUUUAUAUAUAACAAAAGUUAUUGAGCGAGAUGAAUAG